AUGGGGACGUCCAGGAUGUUCCGCAUUUUUGUCAUCCUGGGCUCGGCUUUCAUGAUCCUCCUGAUCAUCAUUUACUGGGACGACGUCGGAGCCUCCAAUCUGUAUUUGCACACUCCUGUCUCUCCGGGCCCCAAAAUCCCACACCCCCCUCCUCCUCAGCGGCCUCAAACCUCCCGGACCCCGUCCUUCCUAUCCGACAUCGAUGCCUUCGUUAACCAGUUCUUAGAGCCGGGAACUGGUGAGCCCACUGACCCCGUCCCGGCUGACACAGGCAACCAAUCAGAGAAAGCAGAGGAACGAUAUAUACCGCGGCGGGAGUGGAAGAUCCACCUGACUCCAGUGGCAGCCGAGCUCCGUGAGAGACAGGAGCAGCGGCGGAGGUUACUCCAGGAGAUGUGCGCUAACGACAGCGUGGUGUUUCCUGGCAAAAACCGUUCCUUUGACGACAUUCCCAACAGGGAGCUGGAUCACCUUAUUGUGGACGACAGGCAUGGUAUCAUCUACUGCUAUGUCCCCAAGGUAGCUUGUAGUAACUGGAAGCGCAUCAUGAUAGUUCUCAGUGAAAGCAUGCUGCGGGACGGCGUUCCCCAGAGAGACCCGCUGGCCAUCCCCAGGGGCCUGGUCCACAACAGCAGCAUGCACUUUACCUUCAACAAGUUCUGGAAACGAUACGGCAAGUUUGCAAGGCACCUCAUGAAGGUGAAGCUGAAGAAAUACACCAAGUUUAUUUUUGUGCGGGACCCCUUUGUGCGCCUCAUCUCCGCCUACCGGAAUAAAUUUGAGCUGCGCAACGAGGACUUCUAUCGGCGCUUCGCACAGGUCAUGCUGCGCCGCUACGGCAACCAGCCCACACCUCCUGCCUCCGUGGACGAGGCGUUUGGUGUGGGCAUCCACCCCUCCUUCUCCAACUUCAUCCAGUACCUCCUGGACCCUCAGACGGAGAAGGAGAUGCCCUUUAACGAGCACUGGCGGCAGGUGUAUCGGCUUUGCCAUCCGUGCCAGAUUCAGUACGACUUUGUGGGCCACCUGGAGACGGCGGAGGAGGACGCGGAGCACCUUCUACGCCAGCUGCGGGUGGACAAUGUGGUGGAGUUCCCCACCUCCCAUAGGAACCUCACAGCCAGCAGCUGGGAGUCUGAUUGGUUCAGCACGGUGUCCGCCGAGGCUCGGAGGGAACUCUACAAGCUGUAUGAACCUGACUUCAGGCUCUUUGGCUACGACAGACCGGACUCCAUCCUCAACGAGUGACUCACGUUUCUACAAAACUGACCCAGCCACACACACAUGUUUUUUAUGUAAGGAAAUAAUGCUACACUCCAACAACAGUGACACCUCCCCUUGUCCUGGGGUUUGCAGAUGUUUCCUCCUGUCUUGUGUGUGUGUCCUACACUGAAUGUGCAUAUUGUUAGGGACACUCGCUGCUCUAAAGAAGCACAUUAAUGAGGAGAACCCAGGUUAAUAGCCAUUAUCCAUUGUUGUUUUUAUCUUCAUCAAUCACAAAGAUAACAAGAAGCACACAAGUCGGAGUGAGACAGUUGACAUAUGGAUUGUGCAAACAGCAUGUGUCCCUAACAUGUCGUAUGUUCAGUGUAGCCCCGAACCCAAAACUCCACUCUGAGAGUCGAGCACUCCCAACCUUGAUGUCACGCCACGCCUGUCACUUGUGAUGUCACGGUUAAGUUGACGAUCACACAGGCUUUGUAGCAGGAUGCCGAGUUGAUGUCACGGAGCCAUACUCUGUUUUUUGAUGUCAUGGAAACAAUUUUGGUCGUGACGCCGACACAGAUGCAAUGAACAUGGAAAUGUGGGCGACUAGUGAAAACAUGGUGUUACUAGAUUCAUUUGGUCUUAGUGGUCGUGUCAUUUAUUUCACAUUGUGUCAGUGCAAUGUUUAGGUGGAGGAUGAAAGGGAUUUUUAUGUAUGUUUUAAACAGACAUACUAAAGACAGCUAUUGUCAUCAGAGACAGAAUUCUGUUAUACCUCAUACACAGAUGAAGCUGAUUGUCAUCCGUUACAUAACACAUACUGCACCAACUCGACUGCUUCUUCAAACCUGGAACAUGAGGUUGUGAGUUGAGAAGUCCAUUAGAUUACAUUAAUAGAAACAUUUCAGACAACAUGUUAGUAUCUUGCCAUAUUUGACCAGGUUUUAAAGCAUGAAAUCAUCUCAUCACAUAGAAGCACAGGCGUUGUCUCAGCUCGUCUCUGAGGCAUAAAACUGGAGUUUCUACAUUCUUUUCAUUUUCUCUCAGCUGGAUGUACACAGGUGAGCAUUUUAACGAACAGUUCUCCAAAGGGAAUAUUAUAUUUUUAUUGCUUGUUGUGUUGCCAGGACGCUGUUAUCAGCAGCAAUUUGAUCACGUACAAACUGCAGUUAUUAACACUGACCUACAUUGGGUAACCCUGGAGACUGCAACUGUGUGGUUUCACGGGCAGCAUUUCCAUAGGAGGCAGUGUCUUGAAGCAGGGAGCUGUGCACAUAAUGUGAAGCCAACACAGAUUGAUUUUUCAGUAUUUGAAGAGAAGAUCAAUCACUCCACAAGUUGUGUUGAUGCAAGAUGAGGCUAUGCCAGUAUUAAUGUCAGACUAUCCAAGUAAAGGGGGUUAAGAGUCAGGAUCAAUCAUGAGCAUGGAUCGGGCUGCAUGUUUUAUAUGAGGAGAAGGAAGAUAAGACAGUGCCUUUGGUUGCAAAAGUUUACACAGCAAAAAAGUAUUUUUGUAGGAGGACUUGAUUUUUUACUUUGAACACGAUGCAGUGAGAACUGUAUGAAGCCACAAGGUAUAUUUGAUAUACUGGGCCUUGUUUAUCAUGUUUGGUUAUUCUUUGGAAAGAAUAGGAAAACAGCGGAGCCCUUCAGCAGAAAUGCCGAACUGUCUUCAUGGGAAUUUGUACAAUUAAUGAGGACUCUGUCUGUGUGCUUUUGUGCAGUGGAUUGCUUUCUUUAUGUGUCAUCAAACACAGGAUUACGGUGUGGUUUGUACUGUAUUGUGAUUAUUCUGCAAAUCACAAAGUUGUAUGUGUUUCACACUAUUGACUCAUUGUGUCUCACUGCCUUCUGGUACAUUUGUUUUGCCCAAGUGUGGGGUGUUUUUGACUCCUGUAUGACUUAGUUCAGCCAGUUCUGAAUAGGACGGAAUUUCUUCGGAAUCAAUGACUGGUUUUCCCAGAAGUCUGCAACCGUCUUGUGGUGUGUUAUUCCAUGUAUAGGUCUCAAUAUACACAAAGAAAAUCAGGUCAAUCCUAGGCACAAAAUAGGAAAGAAAACACAACUAGUCAUCACACACUCCCACCUCACCAGUGUUUGGAUUGUCAGGUUUUUAUAUCUCUUUUGUAUUUUUGUUAUGCUCUUUGUCGUUUUCUUUUUGUCUUGAUGUCAAACAUGUCAGAAUUUCUGUUCCCAGCUGUAUUUGCUGUAAAAGUGCAUACAACAACACAGUAAGAUGGAAUCGUUUUGUAAGGGAAAAGAAAACGGUUUAUUAGCAGAAUAAAACUUGAAUACAUGCUGCUUAUGUAAUGGGAAAACAGUCUUUGCGUGGUAAUGUGCUCUUUAUGAAGAUUAGUUUGACUGGUGGCAUGUUUUUUUGGCACAGAAUUAUCUGACGCAUCAACAGCAUGGAUGCUGUUAAACAGCUUAACGGUCUGCAGUGCCAUAUCUUGUCCUACAUUUUGAACCUUAUGCCAAAUGCAACAUUAAUUGGUGUCACAGACUGUCAAAGAAAAAUCUAUUUUUAUGAUUCAUGUUUUUGUUAAACAUGUAUUAAUAUUUCAUAAAGUCACAAGAGACUUUGUUGUCUGACAAACUUGUUCCAUCUCUCAUGUAAGGGGAAAAUGCAAAGUGUUCAUUCAGUUUCAUCAGUGUUAUGCUGUUAUGCAUCAUCUGGUCUUUGUAAAUGGGGAAUAAAGG